AUGCUACGUAUUGGCCAUGACCCUUUAAUGAAAUAUUCCUGGUUUCCUGAAUCAGAGAAUCUCUACCUCUCACAUGCACACGAAAUAUUUUACUCUUUCGUAUUCUACAACGUCUGUCACCAAAUCGUGGCCCCCAUUUUGAACAGAAUGUUCUUCCGUUCUCACUAUAGCUCCAUCAAGGACAAAUAUGUUAAGGUCGACUUUGAUGUUCACACGGUAUCCAUGAUCCAAGCAGCAGUGUCUCUAUUCAUCAUAUGGCCUACUUUGUUUCUCCCCAAUAACUUAAAUGUCGUCACAUAUCAUGGGCCUUUGACCUCUAUGGUGGCAUCCUUGACGAUAGGUUAUUUUCUAUGGGAUUUACUGGUAUGCAUACGUUACUUCCGUGUGUAUGGAUUUGAGUUUCUAGCACAUGCCGUCGGUUCAUUGUAUGUCAUGCUCUUAGUCUUAAAGCCAUUUUGUCAACCUUGGGUAGGCAAAUUCCUAUUAUAUGAAGCCAGCACGCCGUUUGUCAAUAUCAAUUGGUAUAUCAUUCAAUUAACUGAUCCAAUCACCAAGAAAUGCAUUAUCCCCAUGUGGAUUAACGUCUUGAAUGGGUUGGUAUUGAUGGCCACGUUCGGUUUGGUAAGGUUAUGCUGGGGCUCCAUUGCUACUUUAAUAUUGGGGAGACAAAUGUGGCUCAUUAAGGACCAAUUACCUAGAACUUCUUCUAUUGCCAUGCUGGUUUUGAAUGUCGUUAUGAACAGUAUGAAUUUCAUGUGGUUCAGUAAGAUGAUUAGAAUUGCUAAGAAAUUGGCUAAUGGUAGCAAGAACAAGAGAGAUUAG